GUUUCGAUUUGAGCGCCAUUUUCUUUGACGUCAAACCUGUCAAAAGUUGAGCAAGUUUGUUGUAAAGUAAUCCGAUGAAUUUAAUAGCUGCCAGUGUUGAAGGGUCUUGCAUGGUUUGUCCUGUUCUGACAUUCGGUGCCACAACAGAGUCGCUUAUACCGAAUCUUGGAGCUUUUUCUCUACGCGGGACACUUGGCAGCAAAUGAGCAAUGCGCGAAGAAGAGCUGGAAGUGGCACUCAAGGUGGUUGUGGUGGGCAACGGAGGCGUGGGAAAAUCGAGCCUCAUUCAACGCUACUGCAAGGGAGUCUUCACGGCGGAAUAUAAGAAGACCAUCGGGGUAGAUUUCUUGGAACGGGAACUGUUUCUCCGUGGGCAGGACGUCCGUCUCAUGCUCUGGGACACAGCAGGACAAGAGGAGUUUGACGCUCUCACUAAGGCCUACUACCGGGGCGCCCAGGCGUGUGUGCUUGCCUUUUCAGCAACAGACAGAGCAUCUUUCAGAGCACUUGAGUCCUGGAGAAGAAAGUUCGAGGCUGAAUGCGGUCCUUUGCCCAUGGUCAUUGUACACAAUAAGGUAGACCUGAUAAAAGAAGCAGUUGUUUCAAGGGAAGAAGUUGACGAAAUGGCCCGUAGGAUGGAGCUGCGCUGUUUCCGUACUUCGGUAAAGGAGAACAUCAAUGUUGAUGAGGUGUUUCAGUACCUUGCUGAGCGCUGUCUUGACCAGAUGCAGCACACUGUGGACUCACGGGAAUCACACCCCACUGCAACAGUGUCACUCACCCGAAAUGGACCAAUGCGAGGAAUCAGCCUACACCACAAGCCGAGAUCAAGAUGGCAAUGCCGCUUAAACUAAUAUUGUGAGGAAGUUUCUCAUAAUUGUAUGUGGCUGGGUUGACGACAUGCAGAUGCUUGCACCAUGACCAACGUCAGCUUGCACCUAUGGACAGUCUGAAGAUGUCUACCAGCAUACUCUCUCUCUCUCCAUGGUGUAACAGAGGGAACACAUACCUGCUCAUAGUGGUGCCCUCCCACUCUAAAGUUUUGAGGAUUUAUACACAUAUCAAAUAAACCUUUUUCAGUUGCA